CGAUGGAAGGAGACGAGCAGCCAGGCCUGCCUAGCGAUCAGGAGGGGAACCGACGCAGAACGCACCGAUUGACUUCGUCUCCCUGCUCUUCUUCCAUCGAUUGUCUCGAUUGCCUAUUCGCCUCGCCUAGUCGCUUGACGCCUGGACUCCCUGUCCCAGAUGGGUGUGGAGAUCGACAGAUCAGACAGCAAAUCGGCAUAACGCAGUGGAGAUCGGCCCCGUCUCCUCUAAUCUGCCUGAUUCUAGCCGUAAUUCUCCCGAGGCAGAACGUAGUUGGCAGCUGCCACGAGCUCUCCUGCUGCUCAGAGUCUGGGUGUUGGAGAGCAAUCCAGAUGGUGCCCGAUGGAGACCAAGAGGUCUCGACCUCGUCGUCAACAGCCGCUGCGGCGAUAGCGGGGGCGGCGCUGCCGCCUAGACCGGUGAGCUUCAAGAGGACCGCCGUCUGGCACCAGAUGAAGCACCGCCGAUUCCGCGCGGGGGGCACCAAGAAGAUGGCCGUGGCCUCGUCGCCCGCUCAGGCGGUGGGGGAGGCGACCACUGCGGCGGCGGCCAUGAGGGCGCCGACGGAAAGCGACCGGGACGACGAGAAGGGGCAUGUAUGGGGCAGCUGGAAGAGUGAGGAUGGAAGUAUGCAUUGUGGAUAUUCUAGCAAUAGGGGGAGAAGACAAACUAUGGAAGACUUCUACGACAUUAAAGCAUCUAAAACGGAUGCUAAAAGAAUAAACGUCUUCGGAGUAUUCGAUGGACAUGGUGGUUCAUGUGCCGCCAAGUAUCUCAAGGAGCACUUAUUUGAAAACCUCUUGAAACAUCCAGCUUUCAUUACUGAUACAAAAUUGGCAAUAAGUGAGUCCUAUAAGGAGACUGACGCAGAUUUCUUGGCUGCUGAAACCACUAUCUGUAGAGACAGUGGAUCAACUGCGUCAGCAGCAAUUUUUGUUGGCAACCAUCUCUACGUGGCAAAUGUUGGCGAUUCACGGGCUGUAAUAUCAAAGGCGGGCAAAGCUAUUGCACUCUCCGAUGAUCACAAACCAGACAGAAGCGACGAGCGGGAACGGAUUGAAAAUGCUGGAGGAGUUGUUACAUUUAGUGGAACAUGGAGAGUAGGGGGUGUACUUGCAAUGUCUCGGGCAUUUGGUGACCGCCUGUUGAAGCAGUUUGUUGUUGCAGAGCCCGAGAUUCAGGAACAAGAAAUAGAUGAUGAACUGGAGUUCCUUAUUUUGGCUAGCGAUGGGCUGUGGGACGUGGUGCCAAAUGAGCAUGCUGUUGCAUUUGUGAAGGAGGUGGUAGGCCCUGAGGCUGCAGCCCGGAAGCUGACAGAGAUCGCUUACAGACGUGGGAGCAGAGACAAUAUAACAUGCAUUGUUGUAGAAUUUCAUCGUGACAGUGUUGGCAUUGGUUCUCCCCCAUUAAGUGGCCAAAUUUGAUUCCA